UCUGUUCCGAAGAGAAACAGCACUACAAGAUGUGUUGACAAUAAUGUCAUUUCUGUCGUGAAACAUUUCUGGGUAAAGUCAUGCGGCGCAGAUGCUUAUGUUUUCGUCUACGGACAGGUUUUGCACUGUUUAUUAUGCUCCUGUGUUUAGGAUGCAUAUUCCUUACACACCGAUAUAUUAGUUCCAGUGACAGUCUAAACAACCGUAUCCACCGGUCAUUUCCAACACUCGACAAGAGAAAAUCUCUUCGCUUUCAAGCCAAAUCAAAACAGAUAUUGUUUGCAAAUAGAAAAGAUGGCAGAGAUACAGAAAUUGUGCAAAAUUUCCACUUACAGUUACGAGACAGGAGUAUUCGAAUCCGUAAUGAACAAGUUGCUGAAGCAAAAAAGUUCCUGUUGCAGCUGUACCCAAAAGACUGGGCGAAAGCUACUGCCCCCGAUGAAAUGGCAUUGGACUUGAAACACUUUCUGCUUGAUCUCGGAUUAAACAGUAACAUGUCAUGUAAAGACAUAGAUCUACUUCAGAUUGGGAGGACUGUUGCACAUUCUGGCAGGAAAUAUAUCGAAAGGGGUCAGUUUGAUGACUUCAGUAGGCUGGAGGUGACGGUCAAGAGUCAGUCCAUUGACAUUGAAACAAAGAUAGAGUGCAUGAAGAAGAUCUACGACAUAGAACACUGUAGUCCGAUGGGCAAUUACCGCAUGUUGAGAGAGAUAUUCCUGCUGACAUUAUUGAAACACUCGAGUGUCAUACAAGUCUUGGGUUACUGUAUCCGAGGAGACAGAAUAUCAGCCAGUUUGCGGAAGAAAGGUUUGGUUCUUAUUACCGAGGUCGGAACGCCACUUACAGCUGAAGUUAUUAAAGUGCUGCCUUGGCAUUCCAGAGUUAUGUUUGCUAGCCAGCUGGCCGACCUGCUGGACUAUCUGGAGAGAAAUCCCCUGGGAAGCCUGGGUCUGGGAAAAGUGUCACUUCAGGAUUUUGUUCUUGUUGACGAUCAGGAUCUCGAUACGCUGAUCAAGUUAGUUGACCUGGAUGACCUUCAACUGACAGAGAAACCGUGUAGUUAUGAUACAGAGUGCGACAUUGCGAAUGUUUUAGUUGGACUGAAGUGUGUCGAUGGUUUCUGUGAGGGUUAUAAUGCUGUGUCAAACUUACACAAGUUAUAUGUCAGUAUAUUGGGGCCUCUGUUGAGAAACACGCGAUCAGCCAUCUCGGGAAAACUCAACAGAAUCUGUGAAGAUUUGUCUCUGUGGAAACUCACUGCACAGGAUCUCUUUAAUAAACUGCAAAGCUUAUUAUUAGAUCAAGGCAUCGAACUUCAGGACGAUCAAGUUCAUGUUAAGCAAGAACACAAAAAUGUCCACCGUCACCACAAGAGUGAAGUGCAUGCCGAGGUGGAUGAUCCCGAGAUGAACAGACCGUCCAAUAGUGAGAAACUUCACAGAGAUUCUCACAAGUUAUCCGGCCAUUCUCAGUUGACGUAUAUCCGCUAUGAUGAGUCCAACUAUCCUGGAUUGUACGACUUCACUUGCAAGGAUUCCCGUGUACUGUGGGGCUGUGUCAGGAUCGUCCAGAGUCUUGACGAGGCCAAGCUGUUGUGUGAGGUACACACACAGUGUCGCAGUUUUGUCGUCUUCUCAUCAGAGCCAGAGACAGAAAAUAAGAUGACCGUGGUAUUAAAAAAUUCCAUGAACACCAAUCCCAUCCUUAGUUCAGACACAACCUUGUUUGUAAAGCAAGGGAGAGAACAUGGUUCCAGACCUCGUAUUUUUGACAACAAAGACAGAAACCAAAAGCCCACCAUGACACCAGCUGCGACUCAGAAAACAACUUCAUCGCCAAGUACAAAAGAAAGUAAGCUGCAUGCACGAGUUCUGUGUGUACAGAAAACCCUGAAGAAUUAUCAAGAGGCGCGGCGCAGUCGAGAGAAAAGACUCAUGGCUCACAUGGGGCUGAAAGGUGUGCGUGAGAGUGACUGGCGCAAAUCAAUUCAGUCCCAGCGAGUUGGGUCUUACAAAGGCCUGAUCGCCUCGACAGGACAGAACCCACAGGGUGGAAAGUUUCUCAUUCAGUUUGCCGCAGGCAAUCCAGACGAACCCGUCACUCGAGCCAUGUUCAUAUCGGAGAAGGGUCCUGAUCAGUUCCACGUUGCCCAGGCUAUCACCUACCAGAUUGACAGACUGCUGGGACUGUAUCACACACCACCGACAAUAACUGGUCGUCUCACACCUAAAACAGUGGCCCAGUUCUCGUCAGACCACAUCUGGAAGAGUCACUUUUCUCCAAUCCUACAAUCAGAUGGAAGCUUGAAAGGUCUGUUUUCUGUUCCUAUGCCACUUGUGAUGAAGCCUGAACCCCUUGCUCUCCAACCGCUGAAGAUGAUGGUGAAGAGUAUUAAAAAAUUCAACAGACAACUAAAACUGCAACUGGAAUAUGUUCUUCUCUGGGGAUUUGCCAAAAUCUCCAAACCUUCAGGAACACAUAUAGGAUAUAAAGAUCAUCUGAUCCACUUUGAUGCAGACCAGGCUUUUCAGGAUCUGUCACUGGACAUCUCGGGCUACCUGUAUCACUGUCAGUUUCCGAACGUCGUCUACAAGUCCCUGGCCUGCUUCAGGUGUACCAGCACCCAGACACGCUCGCAGCCUCUCUCGUCGGUGUGUUCGCUAGGCCAAGAGGUGAUAGAGAGGAGCAGGGAGGAUGAUGGAGAGGAAGAGAUUAAUGUGAAGGACAGGAAUGAAACUCAGGUUGUCACGGCUGUGAAUGACGCAGCUACCAGCAUCCUUGGCAUUGUCGACACAUGUGUCAAACAGUUUGGCAAGGAUCAGGUUGUCUACUGAGAGGGGAGCUAUCACUCUCGGUUACCAUCACUCCCUUGAGACAAGUUCAGGGACAGUAAUAUUUAGCUCCCCUUAGCAUGUGAAUUUAUAUGGUAUCAAUAAGAUAAUAUCUUAAAUGGCUCCACAUAACCUAAGUUGGAGAGCAGUUUAUUGUUUCAAAAAAAUUUCACGAUUGAGAUCUGAGACAGAACACAAAUGAAUGUGUGACAGAUACAGUACACCAACCAACACAAAAAAGUCAGCUAGACAUAGGUGGUGUUUUUCCAGUUUUAUUGGUUGCCUUUAUGGAUGGUAUGGUCUUUUUUUUCUAAAUUGUUUUUAUUUCUAUUUUUAUUUUCGUGUUUAUAUAUCCAGUUAAGCUUAAAGUACCCUAUCCUGAGCAAAUUUUAUUUUAAUUUAGAGAAAUAAUUUCAUGUAAUGAUUGAUUUUUUGUUGGAAAAUAACUUUAGAUUUCUACUAUUUUUAAAAUUUAAUAGAUAAUUUGUACAUUAAUGGCUAGUCAUUCGUUGGUAGUAAGAGACAUGGAACCAUUAAAAAUCUCACUGAUUAGGAUCCGAUAACAGGGUGCGAACAAAGUACCAACCAGCCUUAAGGUCUAACUAUUAUGCCAUGAUUUUGGUAAUGUGAUCAAAGUAAGACGUAAAUUUAAAGUGGUUGGAAAGAAGAAAUGUUUAAUUUUAAAAUGCACUUCACACAUUUGUAUUUAUGGUUAUAUGGCUUCCAAAUUUAAAAUAGUUGGAUGAACACACAAUAUAGUGUUCUAGGAGAAACCAACUAUGGGUUGCUAGUUGACUCUGUUGUUGACUUGUGUGCUGUAUAUAUAAUUACACUUUGAAAAAAAGCAACUAUUUGUUUCUAGUUGACUUUGUUGUUGGGUUUGUACUGUAGUUAAUUAUAAUUAACUACGUAAUUUAUGAUUCUUUACUUAAUUAUUUCAAGAUCUCAGUGUGUGUGUUUGUGCGUGCUUGCAUGUGUGCAUGUGUGGGUGCUUGCGUGUAUGCCUGCUCAUGUCUUUAUGUGCAAGCCUGCUUUUUGUUAAGAAUUGAAUGUGAUGAUGUUUGACAUUCAUGGAAUUAUAAAGCACCAAACGGCAUAGUCCAUUAACGUGAAGCCAUUCAUACCCAAGUGAGGUAAGUAGUUCUGUGGUUCAUAAUUCCAUGAACAUAAAAAAAUUAUCAUGUUCAAUUUUUAUGAUUCCAAGUUUAUAACUGCUUCAUCAUUACAAAAUCCUAUGAAAUUACAACAAAAAAUCUUUCUUUAAAAAAAUAAUAAUACGCAAUACAAGAGAAAUCUUAAUUCUGCGGAAAUUCUCACACACGGUACAUUAAUACAAACAUCUUUAAAAAAAAAUGUCUGCAUGUUGUUUUAAUAAAUAAUAACAUUUACUGAUUAACAAAUAAACAGUUAUUUUAUUAACAAUAACCACCCCCUUUUUUUUAAGCAUUGUUGAAAGUACACAUAGUGCAAAAUUGACAAAUUGUUUAUUUUUAAAACUGCACACGAUGUCUAUGGCUGAUCAAAGAUAAAAAACAAAUAAUAAAAAGGUCCCAGAUAUUUUCUAUAAAAUAUGGAAUAGUGGCCAAUAUUAAUAAAAUAUUACUAGUCAGUAGUUUGUGAAAGAAAGGGAGAAAGUGCAUGUUUUGAAGAAAUUGUUUUUAUAAUAAACUAAUCAAAAUGGUUACAAGAUAUUCCUACCUAACAUUAACCUGAGAGGUGUUUUACCAUGCACAAUAUACCUGUGUGCGUAGGUUACACAUUCACACUUUGUUAUCUUUUUUAUUGGUCACACUUUGUGUAUUAUGCUGUUGUUAAAUGUGGUUUUUAGAUUAUUUUAUAUUUUAUGGUGUGGUGUAUUUUAAGUGUUCAGAUUCGUUAUUACUUUAAUACCUGUGCGCGUCUCAUAUUUUACUAUUUACUAUUUGAUACUGUUUUUUAGACAGCAGUUUUACAAAAUUUCUCUGUGUUUUAAAAAAAAAAAUUUUUUUAUACUAUUGUAUAUCUUCCUGUUUUAACUUUAAAAUUGUGUUCUAUUGUUCAUUUAGUCUAAUAGAUAAAAAGCAUUCGGUAGUCAGUAGUGUUAAAUUUUAAAUAUACUAUUUGUUGAUUUGUGUUUGAGAUUGUUUGCACUCAGUAGACUCGGUAUUUAAACGAAAAUUAUGGUGAAAGUACAAACUGUUUAUUUUUUCAAACAAUAUUUAAUUUUUUUUUAAUUCAGUCUCUAUUUAUAUUUCUCUCGAAGUCCCUCUUUAUCUACACACUAAUAAUUGUUUAAAAUAUGAUCUGUUCUAAAAACCUGAUUUUUAAAAUUUCAAUACUGUUCUAUCAGUACCAUAAAUGUGUUUAUUGCUAGUCAGGUAACAUACUAGACUAGACUAGACUAGACUAGACUACAUGUACUAGAAUACUGAAUAUAUCAUUUUAAAUGAAUUAUAUUAAAUAUAAUUUUGUACUAUAAUAUAUAAUUUAUGUGUACAUUGUGGUUCAAAUGUUUGUAAACCAAGUUUUUCCAAUGAUGUGCUAGUUAUAACUUGAUAGGUACAGUCUGUUUCUAUAACUGACUGUAAGAAAGAUGGGGGUGGGUUUUUUUGUUUGUUUGUAUUUUAAAAUUAUUAUUAUUAUUUAUUUUAAAAUUGUUUUUUCAAGAUGGAUGAAUAUGUGGUGUGGGUUUGUUUUAAUGGCUGUUUUAAAAUUGAUCAGGUUGUGGGGGCAAUUUUAUGCCCAUUCGGUCUGCUGAAAGAAAAACAUUUCAAAGCAUAAAGCAUGGCUGGUUUUAUUUUGUGGGUAAUUGGUACAUACAUGUACAUGUACAAACAUUGCCCUCCCCCCCCCCCCUUCUUAUGGAUCAGUCCCAAGAGUGGCUUUGUUAUUGUGGCAUAUAUUUGAUUAAUGAGGAGGUAUGUAUUGUAUUUGAUUAAUGAUGAGGUAUGCAUAUUAUCUGUGUGGGUGUUUCUAGGCUGUGUUCUUAUUUAGUUAAUGUUUGUCUGUUUUGCUGGCUUUAACCACAUUAAACAAUUAAUACAAUUACUAUAUUUAUAUGAACCAUUAUAAAUAUGUGAUUAUAAAACUCAAGGUAUUGUGAAUACUCUGAAUUAUUUCGGGGGACAUUUAACAACUACAUAUCACAAAAUCAUGUGAUUGGUUUUCCGCGACCUCCUUUCCAAAUAAUUCUUUUUAACAUGCAUUUUGAAUGCAAAUUUAAUGCAUUCCAUUAAUCCCACUCCCUCUCAAAGUGGUCUGUAAUUGUUAAAUGCCCCCAACUGAUAUGUAUUUACCGUCUUGUCAGCUUUAAACUCGAUUGUGCUAUUAUUGUACAUUUUUGUGCUAGCUGUUAUUGUAAAAACAAUAAUCAUACAGUGCUCGUUACAUAUAGUUAUUUAUUAUGUAGAAUAUUUAUGUCAACUGUUCAAUCACUGUUAUAAGAUGUUUUUAUUUUAUAAUCGUAAUAAUACUAGUAUUGGAGACAUUCACAAAGUACCAUCAUGAUGAAAGCGAGUGGUGGGAGGGGCAUUACAAUGUUUGGUGUAUUUGUGUCCAUUGUUAAACGAGAUUGGGCUUGGAUAGUGGGCAAGAUGGACACGCAUACAUGUGGGGUUUUAGAGGUCUGUAUGUACCUACCUACCUACCUACCUACCUACCUACCUACCUCUCUCUCUCUCUCUCUCUCUCUCUCUCUCUCUCUCUCUCUCUCUCUCUCUCUCUCUCUCUCUCUCUCUCUCUCUCUCUCUCUCUCUCUCUCUCUCUCUCUCUCUCUCUCUCUCUCGGUCUGUCUGUGUGUGUGUGUCUCUCUCUUGGUCUCUCUCUCUCUCAAUAUACAUGUACCGGGGUAAGUCAAAGACUUUCCAUUAUGUCUAAAAAAUUCAAUUAACCCCUCCCCUUUUUGUAAAAUUUAUUUUAUUGGUUGAGGUGUUGUAGUAUAUCUAUGAUGUAUAUGUUGAUUGAAUUGCUGCAUGUAGCAGUUUGAGCCACGUAAUACUACAGUGUUUCUAUUGUUAUCUAUGGGAUUUCAUUUGGUUAUAUACACCCUGCAUACAUUUCAGAUGUUAGAAGAAAGAUCUUGCUCAUGAUUUCACAUAAUCCGAACACAUUAUAUCUCAAUUGGUACCAAAGGGAAACAGUCAUAUUUUAUUACAGUAUUUUGUUACUAGGCUCUGGUGGAUAUACAUGUACUACCUCAAUGGUACAACUUUAUGUGCCUAUAAGGUCAGCCAUCAUCCUAGUUUUUUUUUCUUUAAAGAACCUGUAUAUUUUUAAUUUGUGAUUGGUCACCUUACAGUUAUCAGUGGUCAAGCUACUUAUUCUACAACAGGGAAAUACACAUACAUGUUUAUUUUUUUUCAAAUUAAAAUGUAUGGUAAUGUUGCACCUGCCUAUUGUUUUGUCCUGUUAAUAUUGAGCAGGCUACAUUUUGAGUGUCAAAUGAACUGGCGUUAUUUCUGAAUAAAAAAAAAUUAAAAUACAUUUUUAAACAACUAAAAGGAUUUUGAAGAAGUGUACUGCAGUCCUAUUUUUAAAAAAGGUUUUUGGAAUCAUGAAAUGCUACAAUGUAAUGUUCUGGAUAAAUUCAUUUAAAUUUUUGGAUUUUAUGUUUUGUUGUUGUUUACCUUUUUCAAUGUUAAAACUCAAAUGCAGAAUACUAACAGUAAAUUUUUAAUGCUAUCAAGGACUUUUCUUCUCUCCCCCCCCCCCCCCCCCAAAAAAAAAAAUUAAAACAAUUGUCAUUAUCAUAAUGAUUACAAGUUUUUACUCUUUGUUUGUUAACAGACAUUAGUCACAUUUUGUCUUAAUUAGAGCUAUUCUGUAUUCCGAGUUUUAAAUUUUUAAUCAACUCGAAACAUUCAGUGUUAAUUUGCUUGCUUGUUGUAAAAUUGUGAUGGUCAGUAAUUUAUUGUUUAAUAUAGCCAAUAUUAAAUUUUGUAAUUUACACAACAAAUGUACUUGUUUUGGAGUUCAGUGAAUAAAACACUCAUUUUGUAA